ACAUUUUAUGUAUUUAAUUUUAAGAAUUUUAUAUGAUAAUCGUGUCACACAAUAAGAAAUAGAACAUGUUACUCACAAAAACUGAAAUUAUAUUACAAAAAUAGUAAAAUUAUAACGUGUUCAAAAUCAGAAUUACAUAAAAAUAAAAUGUGUUCAACAAAAAAGUACAAGUACCAAAAAAUGUAUACCAAAAAUGAUCUUAGAUCCGGUGAAAGUUUUAUUAUGCAAAAUAAUUUUAUAGUUAUGGUUUGAUCAACUUAUUAACUGUGCUGCACAAAAUAACUAAUUAAUUAAGUACGAUGGACAACGACAAAGAAAACGGUUCAUCGUCAACCUCCUCCCCUCGAGAAAAGUGUGGAUCUGCUGGCAACCCCCACAAGGCACCCCCAACGACAAAUAUGAGCUCAAGGACGAUGAACAUGGUUUUUGGUGGUGGGAGUGGCGAAUCCGACGAUGGCGACAAUAUUAGUGACCUUCUAAGUCCCUCAUUUUCCAUCGGAAGUGGAACCGGUGGUGGUGGUGGGGCCAAGCGGUUUUGGAGCGAUUCGUCGUCCUGGAUCAUGUCACGAAUUGGGAGCAGUAGUGGCAGUGGGGGUGGCAGCUUUGAUAAGGGAAUUUCCAGAAAUAAAGAAUCAUGUCUUCGCGACCCGACGCACGUUGAACGCCAAAAUUUACUCAAUAUCACAAAACUUGUCAUUAAAGAGUUGAUUGAAUGGAGUUUACGACACGGGCGAAAUUUGGAGCCGGAACAUCCCCCACUUUUACACUUCUUUAUCGUCCUGGAACACGCCAUGCGUCACGGGUUAAAACCAAAGAAGGGUUUAUUGGGCCCCAAAAAAGAAUUAUGGGAUGUACUCCAGCUCGUCGAAAAGUACACAAAUGGAGCGGAAGAUAUCACAAAUAGUAUCCGAGAUUUGCCCACUGUCAGCACGCAUCUCGGCCGUGGUAGAGCAUUCAUGAGGUUGGCUCUGAUGCAAAAGAAGCUAGCAGAUUAUUUCAAAGUAUUAGUCGACGUGAGGGAAGAAGUUUUACUCGAAUUCUACGAACCCUUUGCACUAAUGAUGUCGGAAGAAGCCGUCAUCCUAUCCGGGCUGCUCGUCGGGUUAAACGUUAUCGAUUGCAACUUUUGUCUCAAGGAGGAAGACCUCGAUUCCGCACAGGGCGUCAUAGACUUUUCUCUCUACUUACGGUCGUCCAGAUCCUCGGAAUCAGGUGGUGAGGUGGGCGAACCCGACAAAGAUAUUGACAAUAUGCUCGACCAGAAAAAUUAUAUUGAAGAACUUAAUCGGCAUUUAAAUGCAACCGUGGCCAAUCUUCAGUCCAGGACUGAAACUUUAACAACUACAAACGCUUUGCUCUCAGAGGAUUUAACUCGAGCCAAGAAUGUCAUUGCAUCUCUGCAGGCAGAAAAUAAAAAGAUCAAAAGUGAAAGUCAGGAGAAUCUUGGUGGUAGCAAUUCUACCGCAUCCAGCGAGAAAAACUUUUCUGCUGACAAAGAUCCAUCAGUAAUUACAGCUUUGGAGAAGGAGAAUGAAAGUUUGAAAUGUAAAAACAAAGAGAUGGAAGAAGCCAUGAAAUUAAUGGAGAAGGACGUUCACGAAAAGCAGGACACGGUCAUAUCCCUCCGCAAACAGUUGGAUGAUAUCAAAUCUAUUAACUUGGAAAUGUAUAAAAAAUUACAGGAAUGUGAGGCAACGGUCAAGUUUAAGACCGAAUUGUGUGACAAAUUAGAAGAAAAAGUUAAUCGUAGCGAUCAAACUGUGAGACUUAUUGAGGAAAAAAUGAGCAACGCCAACACGGAGCUUCGCCUGGCCCAAAAGGACAGUCGUAGCGUGUGCAUGAAAUUGGCGGAGAAGGAGUUGCAGUUGUCAACGACGGAGGGGGACCUCAGAGUAGAGAGGGAGUGGCGGAUAACCCUCCAAGAAACAACGCUCAAGGACAAGUCAAAGAUUUCGGAUCUGAUGCAAAAGUUGUUGGAGGAAAAGUCUAGAAAUAGGGAUUCAGCUGCAAGUCUGGAAAUGGCAGGAAAAGAGAUGGACUCGCUAAGAAGACAGGUUCGAGAUCAAGAGCAAACUUUGGAGGAGAUGGGAAUCAAAGUCGCCGAAUCGAAACUACUCGCCGAUGAAAUGCGUGAAGCUGGGGGAUUGCUCAAAUGGAAAAGUGACAAAGAAUUCAGCCAUUGUAAAAGUUGUGCAAAAGAAUUUAGUUUAACGCGGAGAAAGCAUCAUUGCAGAAGCUGUGGUGAAAUAUUUUGUGGACAGUGUUCCGACAACGUGAUGGAGCUGGCCUCAAGUUCGAAAGCUGUCCGAGUUUGUGAUACGUGCUACGGAAAGGGGCUGGUACGUUUUAACACAACAAAUUCCUCAUCCGGACCAUCUGUGCUGGACAAAUAGCCAAAUUGAAACUAUAUAAUGAAUCAAACCGAUAUUUAUCUACUAUAUAAAUUUAUACCUAUUUAAAAAAUAUCUCAACCAGUACCAUGAAUGAAUCAUGAAUGAAACCAAGAAUCUAUAUAUGCAAAUAUACAAUCAGUUUUAAACUCAUUUUUAUACACGUUUUUAAAAAGUACAAGUAUCGUAAUAAAAGGACAUAUACAACUGUCAAUA